AUGCAGGAGCCCGUAACAGCAACACGGGUCCAGAGAGAGACCUGGAAAGCGGGGAGACGGAGGCGGGAGACCCGUCGCAAGCUUGAGCACCUCAACUCUCGACCACGAGUGAGUCGUCCAAAGCCUAAACAGGGGCUCACCCCGGGGCUCUCCCCGCACCGCUCCCCACUUAAGCACAAGCAGCAACAUGGGGCACCACACAUAACAGACGACCACUCACCAAGAAGGCCUCCGCUCUCCUUCCAACAACCUACAGCGACGGCAACGAACAGAGAUAUAAGACAGAGGCAGAGAGCUCAGCACCUACCUCACCCGUGCACAGCAGCAAAGCGGAGGGAACCGGAGAAGCCAGGGCCUCCACGGGCGCCCACAACAUCAGGGGGACCCUGCUCCAACCGCACGGCCCAGCAGUUCGAGACCAGAAGAUCUUACACAGCGGAAAUCAUGGACACAGGGAAGUGA